UAUAGUAAGGCAUUGAAACUAGUUAGUCAUACCAGUUCUGUUUUCUUCCUAUACACAUCUCCAUGAUCCAGCACUUUCAUGUUCCGCAUUUGGAACUUUUCUUCUCAUUUUGUAAGUAGCUGAAUUUCCGAUGCAGCAAUGCACAUAUUUCAGUGUCAAUUAACCCAUUUUGCUCUCAAACUCACUGGGAGCAGAUAUACAACAAGGAGGAUGUUUUCCCUGAGGCUUCUAUCAACCCUGCUCCUUUUAUUCAGCCAAGACCAAAGGGUGACACCUUACUCAUUUGAGAAAUGUGAGGUGCAUGAAAUCUGGGGGAACAGAACAAAAGUUCUGUGCUACAACAGGAACUUGAAAAACGUCCCAACCCACCUACCUGGCAAAGUUGAUGCGUUGGACUUGUCUGAGAAUAAAAUUAGAAGUCUGGGGAGGACUGACUUCAGAAACUUGAGUCACCUUCAAGUUCUGAACAUUUCUCAGAACAAAAUAGAACACAUCGAAGGAGGUGCUUUCAUACACACAAGCUGCCUGGAGUUCUUGAACCUCACUGCAAACCAACUGACUCUUCUCUCCAGCUCCAUGUUUGAUGGGCUUACAAAUCUCAGGAUCUUGAUGCUUGGCAACAAUCAAAUACUCAAGAUUGAACCUUAUGCCUUUGCCCAUUUGGAGAAAUUAAAGGUAAUGGAUUUAUCUUCAAACAGAUUGUAUACCAUGAAUGCUAUGCAUGCUGUGUUUAAAGUGGAAUCCUUGGAGGAACUGCACAUCAAAGACAAUGGUCUGCAGAAUUUCUCAACCGAACAGAUCAUUAGUGUACCUGAGCAGCUUCGUGAACUGGAUGCAUCUCACAACCCAAUUUCUCUCAUUGAUGUUACAACCUCAGUUUUACAAAGCCUUUCUUCACUUGAUUUAUCCUUCUCUAUCCCUAAGAUCUCCAUUAUAUGGUUGAUACAAGACCCUUGCUUCUUAAAAGGCUUAAAGACAUUAUUUUUAGGAGGUAUAGCUAUGAAGCCAUCAGCUAUCUCAGAGGUGAUCCAAAUGAUCAAUUGCACCUGGCUAGAGGCUAUCCACCUAAACCAGUUACACCUGACUGAGUCAGAUGGACUCAUAGAGCAGGUAUGUCUAAGCCAUGGAAAUGUUGAGACUCUUAACUUACAGCACAAUUCGUUCACAAGUGUUAAUGAAGGAGCCUUUGAAAACUGCACACAUCUAAGGUACCUGAAUAUGGCAUUUAACAAGCUGAAAGUGCUGCCAAUGACACUGUUUCAGUCCUUGCAUUCUUUGAAACUUCUUUCUUUGGCAAACAACGAGUUCACAAUGGUGCCAAACGCUACCUCUAACAUGGCAUCAUUAGAAUGCCUGGAUCUUAGUUUUAACAAAAUCUAUAGAAUUCUUCCAGAUGACUUUGCCCAUCUAAAUAAUUUGAAGAGUCUCUAUGCCACUGGAAACCGUAUCUCUCAUGUCCAUUCAAAUAUCUUCGGUGACCUGCACAGCUUGCAAGAACUGCAUCUUGAAAUAAAUAUUUUGACAGAAAUCAAUGAACCUUUCCCAGGAAGCUUAAAGAAUCUGGAAACCCUGAUACUAAGGCAAAAUAAACUGGAUUCGAUAACAAAAGACGUUUUUAAGAAUCUUACUUCUCUGCUGGUUCUUAACCUGGCAGACAAUCAGAUUGCUGCUAUAGAACCUGGAGCCUUUGAAGGUUUGAGUAACCUGCAGAGCCUUGUUCUUGGUAGCAACAAGAUCAGCAAAGACACUUUCCAGGAAGGGCUAUUUCAAGGUUUAAGCUCUUUAGUAGACCUAGACCUUUUUAACAAUUAUAUCAGUUACAAGUCCUCCAAAAUGCUUGCCAAUCCUCCCUUUAAACUGCUGAAGUCCUUAAAGAAAUUUAAUGUAAACAGCCAACGUCAUAACGGACUUGAACAUUUUCCAGUUAACUUCUUACAAGGACUGGAGUCCAUUGUGCAAAUCCAUGCAGGCAACUUGGCAAUAUCUUUUUUGGAUCCCAAGACUUUUGAAUACACCCCUACGCUUGAAGAGCUUGAUUUGAGUGAUAAUUCUCUUAACAAUGUUAGCAAUAUGCUCUUCUGGCCUGUACCAAACCUGACGGAGCUGCACCUCAAUAAAAAUGGACUAAAUUCACUCAGCUUUGUUUCCCAUGGCAACCUUUCCAAGUUAACUCUUUUCAGAGGAGCUGGAAACCAAAUAGAUGUUAUCACAAAAGAACAAAUAAGAGCUUUGCCUGCCCUUCUUUUUCUAGAUCUCAGGCAAAAUACGUUUGCCUGUUCCUGUAGUAAUGAAAUGUUCCUCAACUGGUCACUAAAGGAUCCCAAAACUCAGGUGCUCCAUUUCUACCAAUAUAUCUGUGCUUCCCCUUCAGCACAAAAGGGGCAGAAAUUGUGGACCUUUGAGACGUCUUCUUGCAUCAUUGACUUUGGCUUUAUCCUGUAUAUCACAAACACAUCUGCAGCUAUUUUACUGAUGCUCGUCUGCUUCAUUUAUCAGUGGAGGUUGCACAUGAUCUACAGUUACCACCUACUACUUGCGUACUUCAUUGACAAGAGGGAAAAAAGGAAGAAGCGAGCCAUGGGUUAUGCUUAUGACGCUUUCCUUUCUUACAACACACACAAUGAAGAGUGGGUGAUAAAUGACCUCCUGCCAGUGCUGGAAAACCAGUAUCAUUGGAAGCUCUGUCUUCAUCACCGAGACUUUGAGCCAGGACGGUCCAUCCUGGAAAAUAUUGUAAACAACAUCUACGCAAGCAGGAAAACCAUUUGUAUCAUAAGUCGCCACUACCUGGAAAGUGAGUGGUGCUCCAAGGAGAUUCAGGUGGCCAGCUUUCGCCUUUUUGAUGAAAACAAGGAUGUCUUGAUUCUCAUUUUUCUGGAGGACAUUCCUAGUGAGUACCUAUCACCCUACCACAGAAUGAGAAAACUUAUUAGGAAGAAGACAUACCUCAAAUGGCCCCAGGAUGAGAAGGAAGUUGCAUUGUUUUGGCAAAAGCUCGAUAUGGCUAUGAAGACAGGUGAAGGAAAAGAAGAGGAACACCCCAUUUUGCCUAGAUUUGCUCCGGAUGAAGUGCCAUAAAGGAAGUAUUCUGUGGGGGGAAAUGCCUUCUAUGUAUAUUAUGCCUCAUUCGGCACAACACUUUAUACAGUGGCAUUACAAACAGAUCACAACAAUAGCCACUGACACUGACAAGCCACCAUUCUGUCCCCAUCAGGUAUGUUUUACAGGGCCAGUUGCGAUGAAACUUUUUUUCCAUGGAAUAAUAGAUGUGGGGGAAAAUAUAGUUGGAGAGCGUGACAUUCAGUGGUGGUGAGGGCAGGAUACUAGAUUCCUGCAAAUCCAAACUUGCAAUCUGAUCCUAUGCAUACUUACUUAGAAGCAAUUGCUACUAUGUUCAAUGGUCUUACUCCCAUGUAGUUUGCAUAGGAUUACAUGCUGCAACCCUGUCAUAGCUGUCAAGUUCUUCCUUUUUUUAAGGGAAAUUCCCUUAUGCUGAAUAGGCUUCCUCGCAAGAAAAGGGAAAACUUGACAGCUAUGAAUCCUGUGCAUCUGAGUGUAAUCCCCAUGAACACAGUGGGACUUACUUCUGAGUAAACCUCCACAUCUCUGGACGGGCAGGCGAGGAAAGGACAUGUGUAGCAAUAGUCUGGCGACUGUAGGUGGUGGGUAAAUAAUAUUGAAACAAUGACACUCCUAAACUGCCAUCAUACCAUAUGUUCCAAGACCAUAUUUUGUUCUAAAAGGAGACCCACCCACAGAUACUCACGAAAGAUUGAAAGUAGAAUAAAAUGGGAACUUGUUACAAAAGAAUCACAUUGCCAGCCAGCAUGACAAUGCCAAGAUAAAAUUAACAAAAUACUUUCUGUUCCUGUACGGCAUUAUGAUCUACAGAAGGGCAUAUACUUCAGCUUUUUAUAAACCUUUUACUAAAGUUAUAUCUUCAAAAAUAUUUGGCUGCAUGCACCUUUAUUUACCAAAGUCUGCUGCUGUUCUUGUUGUUCUCUUCUGUUGAGAGAUGAAUGUGCCGCGCAAUUAAUUCUCAAGCAUACUACCAUGUUCUCCUUCCCUCCUCUUGUCAUCUCAGGUGAGUGUCAUUUCCCCCCAGCUAUGGCAAUAGUGCCGCCUGCUUUAAAGAUAAUUGCAUGGGAUCCAUCAUGAAGCGCUCUAGAGUAGAAGCAAUCCUGAAAAAGGAACAUCCAGAUGUAAUUGUGAUACAAAAGAUGCAAGCGGGGCGUAGAAAGGUAAAACAUCUCAAGGGCAAAUGGUUAGGCAACUAAACCUAUGCUCUGGGGUCUUCCAAAACAAGGGGGGUGGCAAUAUUGAUUGGAAAAAGAAACUUUGGCUAAGAGUCAUAAAAGUUACCUAUUUGGAUCUAACAAUAAUUCCUAAUCAGCAGGGAUAAAAGAAGGGUAAAAAAACUCAUGCGACUUUCUGCUUAUUUGGGUAUAUAUAUAGCAUAUGAUCUGUUGUUUCUGGGGGCAGAAAAUAGGUCUAGUUGAACCAUAUGCACUACAAAGCACUUAUUUCAAGGUGCUUUGGGAAUAAAUUCAAGCUGAUUGCACAGCUCCUGGUCUAUGGAA